UGUCAAAAUUCGAUCGGCUGCAACGCGUACGGCAACAGAUUACGUACUGCUUUACAACACACCGUCGUCAUGGCACCGCCCGGGACGAAGAACAAAAAUCCAGUGACCGGUAUUCGAAAACAGGACAAACAAUCGUCUCUUAACUGGAAACGGUUGCAGAAACAAUACAUUAAUGUAAACUUUGUCAAAUCUCUUAUAUUCGAUCCGGCGCGCCUUCCGUUUGUGUCAUGGUUAAUUCUGAUAGCCGAACUGCUGCUCAAUGUUUUCGUGGUUCGCAACAUUUCUUACACGGAAAUUGAUUGGAAGGCUUAUAUGCAGGAAUGCGAAGGCUUUCUGAACGGAACGACAAAUUAUGCGGAGCUGAGAGGUGACACCGGUCCGCUAGUAUACCCUGCUGGAUUUGUCUACAUUUACAGCGCAUUUUACUUCAUAACAUCACACGGUCAAAAUAUCCGGUUGGCCCAGUACAUAUUCAUCGCGAUCUAUCUGGCUCAACUGACACUGAUUCUCCGGUUGUAUAGUAAAAGCCGUAAACUUCCACCGUAUGUUCUAGUCAUAACAACCUUCACAUCCUACCGGAUUCACUCUAUCUACGUACUAAGGUUGUUCAACGAUCCAAUAGCUAUUCUAUUUCUCUAUGCGGCACUAAAUGCAUUCAUCAGCGGUCGAUGGACGGUCGGAAGUAUCCUCCUGAGUUUAGGAGUAUCGGUCAAAAUGAACAUUCUGUUAUUUGCUCCUGGUAUCCUACUGUUAUACAUUACUAACCUCGGUUAUCUGAAGACCAUCGUACAACUCACUGUGUGUGGAUUGAUUCAAUUGAUCUUGGGAGCACCGUUCCUUCUAACCUAUCCGAGGGAGUAUCUGAAAGGCAGUUUUGAUUUAGGUCGAAUUUUCGAGCACAAAUGGACUGUCAACUAUCGGUUUUUGGACCGAGAGAUUUUUGAAAGCCAAGUUUUUCACGUUUCUCUGUUAGUUACUCACGUGUUGUUGCUUAUUAUAUUCUUUUCGCCUUGUUUCAAAUACUUUCAAAAUUACUGCCGUUUGAGGCAGUUGGAAAUAAUGCUUGCUCCACAAAUAGCAGCCAAAAAUCAGGAGGUUACUCAAGCAAAGAAGAAAAAGAAGGAGAAACCUAGUAAAUCUCAACCCAAAAAAGAAGAAGAGCUUACCAAAGAACAAGAAAAGUUUCUGAAAUCGUUUGAGAAGGGAAUCAAAACGAUGGCUACUAAUAAAACCCCUACUACCACAGCACUACCAGCACCAGUAGAAACGGAAGCACUAGCACAGCCCAAUAAAUUUUCCAUUCAUUUUGACAGAGCCACCCAACUGGCACUGCUUCCUAUUUUCCUAUCGAACUUCAUCGGAAUAGUUUGUGCGCGCAGUUUGCAUUACCAGUUCUAUGUCUGGUACUUCCACAGCCUGCCGUAUCUUACCUGGUUCACCGAGUAUAGCACAAGUCUGAAAUUCCUAUUGUUGCUUCUGUUGGAAUUUUGCUGGAAUACCUACCCCAGCACUAACGUAAGCAGUUUGAUUCUUCACACCUGUCACAUCAUUCUGUUGGUUGGAAUUGGUAGGAAAAUGUUCCGAAAGAUUCCUGAUUUGGCACAGAUUGGCAAAGCAUCGGAAUGAGGACAAGGAGUGAAAAAAAGCCGGGAAACGUCGUUCAUGAUGUGACUUUUGCCAAUUUAUUAGACUCAUCGACAUCGAAGGCAUUUUAUUACGUUUGAGUAAUAGUUUUGCUUGUUUUACGAAUUAUGUGUUUUCGUUUUGUAUAUUACUAUAGAGUUUAAUUUAUUUG